GACCCCUCUACCGGUUUGGUGUUCACACUGCCACGUUAGUAGUUCGGCUAAAUUGCAGCUCGGCUUUAGAACUUGUAGAAGAUUAGGAGCAGAGGGGCAAGCUGUACCCGCAUUUACCCGACUCUAAUACCUAAGUAAUCAUGGUGCGGCUGGUAGUGGCGGUGUGUGCGCUAGUGUUGGUGGUGUCGGCUCUGCCAGACAUUGCCGAGGAGGAGGACGUGUUGGUGCUGAACAAAAACAACUUCCAGGAGGCUCUGAGUACAGUUCCCAAUCUGCUGGUGGAGUUCUAUGCCCCAUGGUGCGGUCACUGUAAGGCCCUGGCACCCGAAUAUGCCAAAGCAGCAGGAAUGCUCAAGUCAGUAAGUACAGAGAUUCGACUAGCCAAAGUGGACGCCACCGAGGAGUCUGAGCUGGCACAAGAGUUCGGCGUGCGUGGGUACCCCACAAUCAAAUUCUUCAAGGGGGGAGACAAGUCCUCACCCAAAGAGUACACAGCCGGCCGCCAGGCUGACGACAUCGUGAACUGGUUGAAGAAGAGGACGGGACCAGCCACUGCUAUGCUGAGCGAGGUCACACAGGCAGAGGCACUUAUCGCUGACAACGAGGUUGCCGUCAUCGGCUUCUUCAAGGAUGUGGAAUCUCCUGGUGCCAAGGCCUUCAUCAAGGCAGCCGAGGCCAUCGAUGACAUUCCUUUCGGAUUCACCUCAGAUGAUGCAGUCUUCUCCAAAUUUGAGGUCACCAAGGAUGGUGUUGUGCUCUUCAAAAAGUUUGAUGAAGGCCGUAAUACAUUCGAUGGUGAGCUCACCAAAGAGAGCCUCCUGAACUUCAUCAAGGCCAAUCAGCUUCCUCUGGUCAUCGAAUUCACUGAGCAGACAGCCCCCAAAAUCUUCGGAGGAGAAAUCAAAUCACACAUUCUGCUCUUCAUUCCUAAAGCUAUCAAGGGUUUCCAGGAGAAGCUGGACCACUUUAAGAAAGCAGCUGAGGGCUUCAAGGGCAAGAUUCUGUUCAUCUUCAUUGACAGUGAGGUAGAUGACAACCAGCGCAUCCUGGAGUUCUUCGGUCUGAAGAAGGAUGAGUGCCCCGCCCUGCGUCUCAUCACCCUGGAGGAUGAAAUGACCAAAUACAAACCAGAAACUUCAGAAAUCACAGCUGAGAACAUUAUUGCCUUCUGCACAGCCUUCACAGAGGGUAAACUCAAGCCUCAUCUUAUGAGCCAGGAUAUUCCUGAGGACUGGGACAAGAACCCAGUCAAGAUCCUGGUUGGAAAAAACUUCGAGGAAGUUGUCUUUGACCCCACCAAGAACGUCUUUGUUGAGUUUUAUGCUCCUUGGUGUGGUCACUGCAAACAGCUGGCUCCUAUCUGGGAUCAGCUGGGAGAGAAACACAGGGACAGUGCAGACAUUGUGGUGGCCAAGAUGGACUCCACAGCCAAUGAGAUUGAAAGUGUUAAAGUGCACAGCUUCCCCACGCUCAAGUUCUUCCCUGCUGGAGACGACCGCAAGGUAAUUGACUACAGUGGUGAGAGGACAUUGGACGGCUUCACAAAGUUCCUGGAAAGCGGAGGAAAGGAGGGUGGAGCACCAGCAGGAGAUGAUGAGGACGAAGAGGUGGAUGAACUUGAUCUUGAGGACGAAGAGGAAGACGAUUCAGAGAAACACGACGAGUUAUAAGGACAGAGAAGAACAAGGAGAAACCAAGCCCUUCACCACCACCACUUCCACUCUAAACCCUUCCCAUCCCAGCAACCCUCCGACUCCUCCCAACCAACCGAACCUCCAUCAUAUCGACCAAUUUUCACGCAGCAUCGACCAGUUUCCAGCCCAGACCAGCCCAACUGUUGACCUGCGUGGCAUUAAACCUAGUUUCUGAUCAGAGUUUGGGUCUGUUAGCAUCUCUACUGACCUGCCUGCUUCAGUGAUCCAUCAGGAUCAGUGUCAUGACUUUGUGUUUAAGGUGUUUGGUGGAUGAGAUGGACAGAUCUCUCAGAGCAUCAGGGCCAUUUACUUCCCAGGAGGUUGAUCGAAAUCUGUAACAUCGACCUUGCUUUAAAUACAGAUGUAGCUGAGACCAAGCUGAGGUUCCUUGCUGUUGUUUUUUUCCCCCUGUUCAAUACAUCUUUUCUUAUGUGUUUUUGCUGAAUAACCAUUAAUAUCUAGCUACUGAGUUUUUUAAUGAUAUGAAAGGUUUCUAUGUGUUCUAUUUAAUUCUAUUUUUCCAGUUUUUAUUUGUCGAACCUUUAGAGGGAAAUUAAUUCUGUAGCACUACAUUUUGUUUUUCACGCCAGCUGAGAUUUCAUUUCAGUUUUAAAACUGAUCAGAUUAUUUUAGCGGUUUUCAUCCGAAUCCUUCAUCCUCCCUCUCUGCUCCUCUCCUCUACAUUUUGUCAUGUUUUGGUGUAGGGUCGGUGUCACCAGGAGGGAGAGUUUACACACAACCAGCAUUUGCUUAUGCUUCCUUCCUCACUUGUCCAGGAACAGAGAUUUUCUGUUUCUCCCCAGCUGUUAAUGGUUCAUUGUUAGAUGGGGUGAGGUUAAAUUUGGGAGGGUGCGGGGUUUGAACAGGGAGUGGCUUUGUGGUGUAUUUUUUUGUUGUUAUUAUUAUUCUAAGAUGUAAAGAGAGCGAGGGAGGAAUGAACGAGAUGAGAGAACCAAGCAUUCCAUCACAUUUUCAGCAAAAGAUGUGGAAAAGUAAACUGGUGGCCAAAUAAACAACAAAUUGGUGACAAA